UGGCUCCUUAUAACUUAUCAUUUCUCUCAUUAUAUAUGUGAGUACGGCAUGUGAGACAGAACCUUUUAUGUAUGUGUGGGCAUAACUGAACCGAACUUAACUAUGGAUUGGGAGUGGCUGGGGGAGUUCUUGAAGGGGAUGGUGAAGCCAGCGGCCGCCACCGCGGUGGUGCUGCUAGCGGCGUUGUUGUCAUAUUACCAGAAGCUGAAACUUGAAGGCGAGAUGGUUUACGCCAUUGUUAGAGCUUUUCUUCAGCUCUCAGUUAUUGGAUUUGUUCUUCAAUUUAUUUUCAACCAAAACAGUAGUUGGUGGAUCAUUCUUCCUUAUCUUUUCAUGGUUUCAGUUGCGGGAUACACCGCAGGACAACGAGCAAAACAUGUGCCUCAUGGGAAGUAUAUCGCUGGCGCGUCUAUUUUUGUUGGUACGACGUUAACGAUGUUGUUGCUAGUUUUGCUCAAUGUUUUCCCGUUCACUCCUCAGUACAUAAUUCCGGUGGCUGGUAUGAUGGUUGGCAAUUCGAUGACUGUCACCGGGGUUACGAUGAAAAGACUAAGGGAUGAUAUUCGAACACAAAUGAAUUUGGUGGAGACGGCUUUAGCGUUAGGUGCCACGCCACGACAAGCAACGCUCCAUCAAGUGAAAAGGUCGCUAGUCAUUGCACUCUCACCGGUUAUUGACAACACAAAGACCGUGGGCCUCAUAUCGCUUCCUGGAGCCAUGACCGGGCUUAUAAUGGGGGGAGCUUCGCCGGUUGAAGCUAUUCAACUUCAGAUUGUGGUGAUGAACAUGCUCAUUGGGGCUUCAACCAUGAGUAGCAUUAUGUCAACCUAUUUUUGUUGGCCUAAUUUCUUUACAAAUGCUUAUCAACUAGAAACAAAGGUCUUUUUGACCGAAUAGGGGUUCGGUUGUGUAGAUUUUUGAUAGAAUUUGGUUGGGUUUGAUUGGUUUCGCUAAUCAUUGAUCAAAUACCUCCAACAAUGUAUUAUUAAGAUAAACUCGAAUGUUAUAUAAUUAGAACAAUUACUAUCAAAUGGAUGAUAUGAGAUGGUUAUGAUCAUUACAAAUG